UGUAGAUUUUCAGUACUGGCAGUGAAUUUCGGAACGCAGUCUACAUUUGUAAAAACAGCAAAUUUAAACAUGUCGUUCGUUCCUGUAUAUUUAUCUAAAAUAUUUACCGAGAAAACGUAUUAUAUGCAGUCUAGCAAACUUUUCAAGUUUCGCAAAGUUUCAUAAAAUUAGCAGUCUUUAACGUUUUGUAAACGCUUCAGAAUAAGGAAAAUGUUUGCGAAACUAUAAGUUUCCUCGCGCAGUCUCGGUACCGAUCGCAAUAAUUAAAAGUAUUAUGUACGUUUACGUCGUCAAGACGACGCAUUGACUUCUUCGCUGUAGAAAAGUAUAUGCGUACUUGUGUAAUGCAUGCAUUGUUGAAAACAAUAUCGUCAAGCAAGGUUCAUUCACGCAAAAAUGUCCUUGCACUCAACACCCAUCUUAUAUUUAAACAUGGGCGGCGAAAUGCUGUACGUUUUGCGACAGAGGCUGAAGGCGCAAAAGAUUGACAUCAACAAAACAAUACAAGUAUUGGACGAAGUGACCGCCGCUUUGCUCAACCCCAAGACAAUAUCGCCAAUGUUCGAAAAGUCGCCGAUGCUCGGAAUUUCGCAAUUACGCACCACUUUAGAAAGCGUCGCUCUCUCGUCUAUCAUGAAGCUAGAUAAGAGCAGCAUGGACAAGCUGUUCGACUUGAUGACCAUGAUGGUGAAAUAUCAGCUAACAGCUGCCACUGGGCCCAGGGAGAUCAUUCUCAUCACCAUGAAUCACAUAGACGCGAUGCGCGAUAUGGUCAGCGAUGUAAACGCGCAAAAGUGCGUCAGUCUGGUGCAUCAAAUAAUCAUUGACUUUUAUGGCUGCUUGACCUUCGAGGAGGUCUGGAGCGCGCGGCAAUGCUGUCUGAAAGAACUGGAGUCGUACAGUGUGCGAGUGUCAAUCCUCCUACGGCGCGGUCUGCAAAACGAGGAUGCCAGCUUCAACAUUAUACCUCAGAGGUACGACGAAAGGUACACGGAGCACAGAAACACUCUGGCCACCAUGAAGAUGAAAGACGUGAGUCCUGAAACCUGCUGCGGCGGAUCCUUCGACAUGUACGGCGAUAGGAAAACAUUGCUGGGCAAAAACAUAUAUUUGCCGACGUACGGCAUUACGGAAAAUACAAGACGAGACAGCCAACAGUUUUUAAGAGACUGCGGUGCAAAAGCGGAACUCGGUAUGCUGGCCGUUCAGCUGGGAACUGAGGAAACUUGUGAGAGGCCGUUCACGCUAAAUUUACUGUCAAACAUGGACGAAGAGAAUGUAAAUAAUGCAAAGAAAGAACUCGACGCUGACGGGAACAGUGUUAAACGAAAUGCGGGAGGCGAGAAGCCGAAAGUGAAUGAGGACUAUAAAACCAAACUCGAUAACGUAUACGCAGACUUCUUUGAAGACGAACACGAGGAAUUGAAACGCAGCAUGGAUCUACUUGAUCUUCUCGAUGAAAUCGAAUAAUUUAAAAUUUCCACUGUAAUGCAUUUUAAAUAUUUUUCCUAUAUUUUUUCUGCAUAUUUUUUCUAUAUAUUUUCUGCAUAUCUUUUCUAUAUAUUUUCUGCAUAUUUUUCCUGCAUAUUUAUACACCGAUUUGUCUCAAUUCUCAAUGGAAAUAAAUAUAUUUCCAUAUAAAAGACUAUUCUACUUUACAAAACCUGCAUUACUUCAGUAGUUUUAUCUAAAUUACACAAAAAGAACGCAUAUAAUACAGAAUUUCAAUUAUAAACGCUAUCAAAUGCACCGACAGGAAUUUUUCAAAAAUAGAAAAAAAUAUUGUAUACAUACGUAUAUAAAAAGAUCUUAAGAUUUC